AUGUCUUUUCAGAACAAAGGCUUCUGGAUGCCCCGGGAUGCUGGCUGCAUAGCUGAAGAAAGUGUUGGAUAUGAAAAUUCUUCAAGAGUCGAACCAAAGAGAAGUCACCAGUGGUUUACAGAUACAAGUGAACCAGAAAUAUUUAGCAACAAGAAACAAGCAGUUGAAGCUAGUAGUGACAUGCCGGUUUCAACAACGAAUGUUAAUGUUUCUCACUGGGACACUAGUUCAGGAUUUCACUCGGUGACCGGCCAAUUUUCUGACCGUCUCUUUGGAUCUGAUCUUAUACGGUCUGUCAAUUCAGUUGAUAACAAUAUGUCGUCAACUGGAAGUGGAAAUCUGAACAUCGGAGGAAGGAAGAAUUUUGUUGGUUAUCAAUAUGGUCAUGAUCCAUCUGUUGGACUGUCAGCAUCACCCUCCUCAUUAGACCCUUUACCAUGUCUGAAUUUUGGUGGUAUUAGGAAAGUUAAAGUUAAUCAAGUCAGAGAUUCUGACCAUGGCAUGCCAGCUGAUAACACUACAUUUUCAAUAGAUGGCAAUAUUACAUCGGGCCCAUCUUAUAGCGAUGGAAGUGACAACACCGUUGCUUUAGGGAUAAGCAAGCCUGAUCACAAUCUCCUUGCAAUGGGUCACAUCUUCAAUAAAGGGGAUGGGAAUUUUAUGUUGAUGGGUCAAAAUUAUGGAAAGGGAGAUGAAAGUAUUUUAUCGACGGGUCGGCCCCUUGAAAGAGGCGACGGAAAUUUCAUAACAAUGAAUCAGUCAUUCGGGAAGGAGGAUGGAAAUUCGAUGUCUCUGGGGACCUCAUAUUCCAAGGAGCAUGAGAGCUUUACAUCAAUGGGUCUAACCUCUGGUAACUCGGGAGAAAAUUUCACAACUGUUGCUCCUUCCUAUGAUAAUGGCACCAAUCAUUUAACAUCAAUAGGUCCGGCAUAUGUUAGUGUGGAUUCAAACGUUUCUUCGACUAGUCCAUCAUUUGUCAGCAACAACUCUAACUUUUUAACUGCAAGUGAAAACCUCGGUAACAGCAGUACCGUGUCUUUUGGAGGUUUUCAUGCUGGUGGCCCUGAGCCAAAUCCCUCCGGCGGAAUCAUUAACAGAUUUGAUCCUUUGACGGGCAACCAAAACUCAGCUCGAGUUGUGGAUAGCCUGAUUGAAUCAAACCCUAAUCCACUUCUAAAUAACGUUUCAAAAUCUAAUGCUAAAAGUAAUACCGUUGUUAAGAACAAAGAACCAAAGACGGCCAAGAAGGCUUCCAACAACUUCCCUUCAAAUGUCAAAAGUUUGCUGUCAACUGGUAUUUUUGACGGCAUUUCGGUGAACUAUUGUACAUGGUCAAGGGAGAGAAAUCUUCAAGGAAUCAUAAAAGGAACGGGCUACAUGUGUUCAUGUGACGACUGCAAGGGACAAAAGGCUCUUAAUGCUUAUGAGUUUGAGUGUCACGCUGGAGCCAAGUCAAAACACCCUAACAGUCACAUAUUCUUUGAGAAUGGAAAAUCCAUCUAUGCUGUUGUUCAAGAACUGAAAAACACUCCUCAAGAGGCGCUUUUUGACGCGAUUCAAACUGUGACAGGUUCCACCAUCAACCAAAAGAACUUUCGUAUUUGGAAAGCAUCAUAUCAAGCUGCUACUCGUGAGCUUCAGCGCAUCUAUGGAAAGGAUGAUGCCGUCAUACCAUCUUAA